AUGCGCUUCAGCAUCAUCGUCGCAGCUUUGCUGCCUCUCGCCUGCAGCAUGGCGACCUACAACAACUGGAAGGGGUAUUCCAUUGACACUUCCCAUGUGUCUCGUGGCCAUGUCACCGAUGUUCUCAGCGGAAUCAAUCACGUUCCUCUUGGCGAGCACAAGAACACAAUCGAAGUUGCGGUCCACCCGACUAGCAUCCACGCCUUUGAAGGCCUUGCCUUAAACUCUACCCUUUUCAUCGAGAACAUGAGCGAAGAGCUUGCCAAGGAGGGAAAUUUUGAGAAGCUAAGCCCUGCGCGCACUCAUGACCGUGUCAGGCUUGCUCAACCCGACAAGGCCUACUUCAAGUCCUACCACAGCUUUGAACAGCACACCCAAUUUUUGAAAGAUCUUCAAUUCUCUUUCCCCAAGAACUCCGAGGUCUUCUCUACUGGCAAAAGCGUAGAGGGAAGAGACAUUCAAGGCAUUCACCUGUGGGGGAAGGCUGGAAAAGGCAAGAAUCCUGCCAUUAUCUGGCACGGAAAUGUGCAUGCUCGCGAAUGGAUCAGCAGCAUGACAGUUGAGUAUUUGGCUUGGAAGCUUGUUCAAGGUUAUCAUGACAAAAACAAACUUUCUCGAUCUAUCAUUGAUAGUCAUGACUUUUACAUCCUGCCAAUCGUUAAUCCUGACGGUUUUGUCUACACCACCAAGUCUGAUCGCCUGUGGCGUAAGAACCGCCAGAAGGGCGCUCACAAGACAUGCGUGGGCACUGACAUCAACCGAAAUUGGCCUUACAAGUGGGAUAUUCCCGGUGGCUCCUCCACAGAUCCUUGCAACGAGACGUACCGAGGUCGCAAGCCCGGAGACACACCAGAGAUCAAGGCUUUGACGAACCACACCAUGGCGAUUGCACAGAAGACAGGAAUUCGCUCCUACAUUGACUGGCACUCUUACAGUCAGCUUAUCCUAUUGCCCUAUGGCUACACCUGCGAUCUCAAUGCGACCAACACAAACUACCAGAUGGAACUGGCAGGUGAGGUAGCGAGCGCGAUUGAAGAUUAUGAGGGGACAUACUUUGACUACGGCCCUACUUGUCAGACUAUCUACCAAACCUCUGGCGGCAGUAGCGAUUGGGUCUAUGAUGUUGCUGAGGCCGAACUAGCUUGGGGCAUCGAGCUUCGACCUGCAAGAUUGAGGGGCGAUGGGUUCGUCCUUCCACCCAAGAACAUCGUCAAGUCCGGUGAAGAGAUUUGGGCUGGUAUGAAGGUUUUGUUCACAAAACUCAUGGAGAAGGACAAAUGA